AUGUGGAUUGACAUUCUGUGGGGCAUUGCUUCUGCGAAGCAUUUCUUUUCGUGGAGAGCUGAUCAUCUUGGUAGAAAUGCAGAUGUCAAGAACGGGUUCGAGACUGGAUUCAGAAAUGGGCUAGCUGAGUUACCUGAGGCAUACCAAAGACAAAACAUUAGAUUGAGUACACAAGAAACGCAUAUCAACUAUGAGAAGUAUGGUAUUAUCACUUUGACCACGAGUGAGGGGUCGGUCUACACUUUCAAUUAUGUCGUGGUGACUGCCCCGUUGAGUGUUCUCGGAAUCACUGUUCAAAAUAAUAGGCAUAUCCUCAAUUGGGCACCACCAUUACCGCGAGGAUUCCAGGACUUUCUACCAUAA